CCGUGAUGGACGUAUGUGCCGGUCUGGCGCAACACAAGGCGGUGCUACUCAGCGAACUGUGUGACACCAACGUGUUGGAUGUGCUCGUGAAGAAGGGCAUCUUCAACGUGAACGAGCUCGAAGUGAUAACAAGUGCGGUGGACAGUGAUAAGUGCAAUUACUUCAUAGAGGUUGUUGGUAAACAAAGCGCUGCGAAGCUCAGGGAUCUAUGUGCGGUGCUUUACAAUGAAUGCCCAAAAUUGGCUAAGGAACUGAUGAAUGAUAGGCGAUAUGUUAUAAAUGGAUACAACAGCAGUACCAAAGAAAACAUGGUGAUGAAUCAUAAUUUAAAUAGAGAAUCUCCGCGCUCACGUCGGUCCGUGUCGCAAUGCUCCUGCAACAGUAUAUCCCGUCGGUCGUCGGCAGCCGCGUCUCCAAUGCCGCUGCCGCCCCUCAACAACACCAUGGAGAUGUACGUUGAGCCCGUCGUCGAAAACACUACAGAACGCAACUCCGGUUGGGAAACACACAGGGUGCGGUUGAACCGUGUCCCAGGCUACGGUUUCGGCAUCGCUGUAUCGGGUGGUAGAGAUAAUCCACAUUUCGCAAGCGGCGACCCUUCCAUCGCCGUCUCAGACGUACUGAGAGGAGGCCCGGCGGAAGACAAACUGCAAGUUAACGACAGGAUAGUAUCAGUCAACGGCGUACCAUUAGAGAAUGUGGAGUACGCGCGCGCCGUCCAAGUACUCCGGGAGUCUGGUGCGACGGUCUCGCUCGUGGUACGACGGAGAGCCCCCGCCCCUCCGCCCACCGCACCGACCACCAUCAAACUGGCGCUCACCAGAAAUGGGAAGAAGGAAGACUUCGGCCUAGUCCUAGGGUGCAAAAUCUACGUCAAAGAGCUGACGAUGCGAGCGAGGGAGCAGUUUAACCAGGCUGGACAAGGGCUCUGCGAGGGUGACGUCAUCACCCGGAUAAACAACACAGCGGUCACUGAUGCGAUGACGCUGAAGGAGGCGAGGAAGCUCGUGGAGUCCUGCAAGGAUCGCCUGAACCUGGUGAUCACGAGGGAACUGAUCCGGGAGGAGACUGUCACCAAUGGAAAUUACCAGAACAAUUAUAGUAGUUUAGAAGCAACACCACAUAACACGUUCCCUGCCACCGGGGAAUCUAUGUCCAGUCCAUACUCCAGCAGUGGGCAAAACCUGUACGUUGCUGCGCCGGUGAGGGGAGCAGACAACAGGCGAGGCCCACCUUCACACGAAGAACAUCCGCCACGACCGCCGCCGCCUAGAAAUGAUGAUUACUACAGCAGUCGGAGGCAACUUUAUGAAGAAGAUGCAAUGAACAAUCAAAGAAAUAAACCGCCAAGUGAACCAAGGUUAAUAAGUUUUCAAAAGGAGGGCUCGGUAGGUCUUAGAUUGUGUGGAGGGAACCGGUCCGGAGUCUUCGUGUCCGGAGUGCAACCGACCAGUCCCGCUGCGCUACAGGGCUUGCAACCAGCUGAUAAGAUACUUAAAGUGAACGAUAUGGAAAUGAAAGGCGUGACUCGGGAGGAGGCAGUGCUGUUCCUACUGAGUCUGCAGGAGAGGAUAGACCUAAUUGUGCAACACUCACCUGAAGAGUACAACGCCGUCGCCAGUGGACAAAUGCCGGGUGACUCGUUUCAUAUCAAGACGCAUUUUCACUAUACCGAGCCAACGGAGGGCGAGAUGUCAUUCCGGUGCGGAGACGUGUUCCAUGUUAUGGACACUCUGCACAACGGCACCGUUGGAGCCUGGCACGUCUACCGGAUAGGUCGAAACAACCAGGAAGUUCAGAAAGGCACCAUACCAAACAAGGCGAGAGCGGAGGAGCUCGCUACUGCACAGUUCAACGCCACCAAAAAGGAAAUGUCAGGGAAUGACGUCAAACACAACUUCUUCAGGCGGCGACGGUCCACGCAUAGAAGGAGCAAGAGCCUUGGAAAAGAGCACUGGGACGAGGUAGUGUUAUCGGAUAGCAUAAGCAAGUUCCCGGCAUACGAGAGGGUCGUUUUGAAGCAGCCCGGCUUCGUCAGGCCCGUCAUAGUCUUGGGCGCUGUGGCCGAUAUAGCUAGAGAAAGGCUUUUAUCUGAAAGCCCUGACAAGUUCUCUUCGCCAAAAAUGGAUAGCACCUUGGAAGAUAGCAAAUCUAAAUCUACAAGCAUCAUUCGGCUCUCAAGCAUCAGAAGUAUAAUGGAAAGGGCGAAGCAUGCGCUACUAGACAUCACACCUAAUGCCGUGGAUCGGUUGAAUUAUGCCCAGUUUUACCCCAUAGUUAUCUUCCUAAAGGCGGAUAAUAAGCACAUUAUUAAACAACUCAGAAGCGGUUUGCCAAAGUCAGCCCACAAAUCCUCCAAAAAGCUACUCGAACAGUGCCAACACAUGGAAAGGGUGUGGGGUCAUGUGUUCACUCACACCAUCACACUGAGCGAGGCCAAUCAGAACACUUGGUUCAGUAAGUUGUGCGAUCUCAUACAACGCACACAGCAACAGCAACUGUGGGUGUCUGAGACUAAGAGGCCGGAGCCGCUGUCCGACGACUUUUUAUUCUCGCUAUCCUCGACUUCGGAGAAUAGACUGUCUUACGCGUCAAGUCCAGAAAGUGACUUGGAAGUGAGCCCCCCUCCAGCGCCAAGAUUGGUGAAAUCGUCGUCAGACCCAUCUAUAGCGACUACUCAAGAUAACAUGGAUCGCGAUGAUGACAUGAAUCAUUUGGCCGACGCGGUGCCUCCGCCGUAUUCGCAAGGUGGCUACGAUAGUAAAUAUGGUUUCGCGAACGGCAAUAGCUCGCAAAGCAACGGACCUAACCACAACCAGAACAUGUCUCCGAACAACGAAGCUCCGCCAUACCAAUGCAAUCCGAUGACGCAUUCACCGCCACAUUCGCCUUUAUAUGGAACAGUACCAGAGUUACCCCCGCGCAGUCAGGCAGCGGUGACACGGCCUGCGGGCGGGGUGUUGCUACCUGCGCCACCGCCUUCUAGACCACACCACGGUCUCAGACAUAAUCCUGCGAAUCGCCCAAGUGCCCAGGAACGAUUGUUCGGGCCGCCCAAAGAGGGUAACGAUGAAACAGCGACCUACAGUGCCCGGCCUGUUCACGGCCAAGACUCGCUGGACAGGCAUCGACAUCCAAACAACCCGCAGAAUUCGUACGAAGGCACCCCGAAUUACGAGUACGCAGGGAACACGUCCAACAACAACUCAAUGGGCUCGUGUCGACUGCCGCCCAACGCACCCGAUGACUUGAAGGUUGCCCCGCCCACCAUCAAACUGGAUCUUCCUCCGCCAGCAAACCCCGCGGCGAUGGCUGGCCAAAGUCCGCAGCGGAAUUCCAACUCACAUGAGCACAACUCACUCGACUAUACCAGAACGCCGGAUAAUAAUUACAGACCAACGGAUAACUACCGCACUCCGCAAUCCCGGCCGCCGACCAUGAACGGCAACAGUCCGCACGCUCAGAACGCCCACAACGCACACAACGCACACAAUGCCCACAACGCCCACAACGUGGCCACAACGCCCAUGCACGCUAGGGGGCCGUCGUUACCCAACGUGCCAACUAACGACCACGCCAAAUACAGUGCCCGCACCAAUUCAGCCUCACAAGCGGACUAUACGGGUAGAGCGCCGCCAUACAAACCCGUGCCGCCUCCCAAACCCAAGCACUACCGACCCCCCGACCAGCCGCAUCAGCAGUUACCACCGCACCAACACCAACCGCAUCCGAGGAACGGGAGCAUGGAGGCUGUGUCGAGUCCGGGCGUCGGCGGGGGUGGGGCGGCGAACACCGCGGGCGCGGGGGGCAUGCAUUACUCACACACACAUUCACACUCGCAACCGAACCGCCCACCGCCGCACGGCCAUCCUUACCAUCAGCAGAACAUGUACGGCGCGGCCGGCGCUCAAAUGGUGGCCCAGUCGCCACCCUACGCGGGCCCACCGUCUCACCGAGCCAUCAAUCUACCGCACAACCCCCAUCUGAUUGAUUUAGCAGGCAGCCGGGAACAACGCGGGUCUGCAUUCGAGCUCUAUAGAAAACCGCAGCACAUGCACAAUUUAAGCUCCUCCGAUGCCAUGAACUCCAGUGUGGAGCCUGACGAAACGUUCUCACCAAAAACUAAAAAGAAACUAUCCAAAAAACCAUCUUUCAUUAAAAAUGCCGUCCUCGACUUGUUCCGUUCGAAAAAAUCGCAAAAAGUGUCUCGACAGAAGUCAUUGUGCGAGAAUGACUUGCAACAAAGAUACCAACAACAGGCGCCGGUGCUGAGACGAGAGAAGUCAGACCUCGGGGAUCUGACCGUGCAUAUGAGGAACACGCAUAUAAGAAACCAAAUGUUGCAACGCAGCAACUCGUCCUCAUGCGAAAAGCCCGUCUUAAAACCGAUUCUUAAACGACAGAGUUCGUUUUGUGAUGACAGGAAUGGCUCCAUCUAUACAAUAAGAGAUUACGAUGCUAAACCUGUAAUGAAAAGUUUAAGACGACAGAACUCUAUGUGUGAAAUAGAAACCGAACCCAAAGUUACCCCUUUACUGCGUAGACAGAACUCCCUAAUAGAAUAUAAUAGGAAAGGCGUUUACGGCCACAACUCCAGUUUUAAUAUGAUUACCAAAAUAGAUCCAAUCUACCAAAGACAGCAGCAAAUAAAACAUGAACCAUUUUAUCCUACUCAACCUCUACCUCCAGAACCAAUAUACCAAAGCAAAGAACAUAUUGUAUAUGAUCCUAUACCUAAGCCGAGAAGAACUUACGCUUCUCUUUAUGAUACCUCCAGUGAAAAUCCUUAUGCUAGUAGAUCAGAAAUAUCAAAUCAAAGUUUUGAAAGCCCCUAUGGAAAUCGAGAGACAUUACCGAUGCCUCUUUUGGAUCCACCAUAUGCGACUAGGGCUGAAUGUGUUGCAGAUGACCCUUACGCGACAAAAAAUGAAUUAAUGGAAAGUCCAUACUCUGUAAAACAUGAUAUAAUGAGAAAAAGUGAACCCUUAUAUAGCGAACUGCCGUAUGCUAGCAAAGAACAAAUGUUAAGACAAAGAAUGACGUCAGAAAACCCUUACGCAACAAAAGAAGACAUGUUGCGUCAAAGAUUUUCAGAGUCUCCAUACAAUACUAAAGAAGAAAUGUUAAAACAAAGAAUGGAUGGUACAUUCACUUGCAAAGAACCAAUUUAUGGUAAACGAACAUACGAACCACCACCUAGUACAUCUUGGUCUGAGAAUCCUUACGCUAUUCGACCAGAUCGAAGGCUGCAGACGCCAGUUAAUUAUCCAGGGAGAAUAUCACCUAUGAGCAAAAGCAUGAGUGAACCACCCUAUGCUACUAGAUCGGAAAUGAUUGGAAGAAUAAGCCAAACAGAGUCGCCAUACUCUUCUCGACUAGAAGUAAAGUCCAGUUGUUCUGAUAAUAAUUAUGGCAGCAGAAAUGAUUCUUUCGAUUUCCCACAACAGGUUAGACCAGCUUCAGCAGAAUGUACAUAUGUUUCAAAACAAGAAAUUUUAUCACAAAAAGCUGCAUUAUUAGCAAAUAAAGAACUUAUUUACGGAAGUAAAUUGGAAGAAAAAUUAGAAGUGAUUAAACAAAGAAACCAAGCGAAAAAAGAAAAGAUUUAUCAAACUAGGCUUGAAGCUAAUGAGUGUGAUUCCAUGAAAAGUAGAGAGCCCUUGUAUGUUUCAAAACGAGAAUUGAAAGACAGUGUUAUAUAUGAGUCGCACCAGGAAGCAAAAGAUGUACCAUUGCCUGUGAGCCAAGAGGGUAGUGCCAGAAAUAGCCCAUAUGAACUAAGCGAUGCUAAUCAUUUAGUGCGACGCGAACCGUUGUAUCAGACAAAAGCGGAAGUACUAAACGGUGAAAUUGAAACCUUCCAAGAAAUUGAUUUCUCGAAAUUAAGGUUAACAGAAUCUAAAACUGACGCGGAGAAAGAAAAAUCAUUAAAUAUGGAAAAUAAAAUUUUGAAAGGAGAACCUCAGUACGCCCCCAGAUUACAUGGUAAAGCUGUUGGGCAUAUUUCAAAUGCACUGAAAGUAACAGCAUCACCGGUGCCUUAUGAAUCGACAACAUCUAUGGAGACUCAUUAUGCUUCAGAAUGUAGUAUGAAUUUUGAGAACAAACCUCAAAGUACUCCAUAUACGUCACAAGACUUGGUUGAGCGUGCGUCAAAGAUUAAUCGUACAGUGACUUUUUGUGAACAAAUACCAGAGAAUCCGGAAAGCAGCCAAGAUAACACGGAAAACGUAUCAUCGAGUAGAAAUGAAACAACCGUUAUGAAUAUCGAUAAUACCGUAGUCAAAGCUGAGACGUCUGAGGUAAAUGAUUCUGCUAAUAAAACAGAAGAAGUUGAACCGGAUGGACCACAGACCACUUGGGGUAUAUUCGAUAGUGAAGGUGGCGUAUUAGAGGACAGGCAUUGGGGUGUAUCCCUAAUCAUUCCCCCAAAAGCAAUAGCUCCGGGGAUCAAGCAAAAGAUCUAUUUUACCGUGUCCGAUCCACGACUGAGCCAGCGAGUGGGGGGACCUCCCAUCGAUAUGGAUAACGGUGAAGCGAUGCUGUCCCCACUAGUGAUGUGCGGUCCUCAGGGUCUAGUGUUCCUCAAACCGGUUACCCUACGAUUACCGCAUUGCGCUAACGCCGUCCCAUCCCUAGGCCUCACAAUUAAGGCGACGGACACUGAAGCGCAUCUCAGCACCGACUGGGAUCAAAUACACUUGCCCGCGACGACAACAUUAAAUACUGUUGCGGUUAAAGUCGACCACUUUUAGUGUUAUGAAGUUGAAUUGUUGUAUUUAGUAUUCGUAAACAAGGUUGAAGGGGGCGUUGAAAAACUCUCAACUAGCGGCUACUGGUGGUAAUUCCAUUGUACGUAAAUAUCUAAACUAAACUAAAUGGAAAUAUCGCCACUUAGAUAAAAACAACGCGCAAGUGAAAUUAAUAAAGUUUUCGGACACGCAAAAAACAUUCUUUCAGGCCUGUCAACUUAGUUUAGUUUAGAGUUUUGUGUACAAUAGAAUUUACAUCACUGGCAGAGAUCUUAUUGGUCGUUCUCAAUAGAAUAUAAUAGAUAAAUUACAUUGUAUUAGAUUGGCACUUUCUUAUCUUAAAUAUUUUAGAGAAAAAAAAAAUAGAGACGAAAUCCCUUCAACCUUUCGUUGUUCUCUUUACAUAUUGUACCUUUAAUUGCUCUGAAAUAUAAAAUUAACAAUCAUAACAUAUGUAUUAAGUACGUUAAUGCGAAAAUAUCAAAACAUUAAUAAAUAAUUGUCAGAAACUUUUAAAAUAUCAGCUCGUACCAGUGGGACUUAUUUUACAAGACAUUGUAUUUCAAUAUUGGUUUAGAGUGAAAGUAAAUGAUGUUCGUAAUAGAUAUGAAGAUAGAGAUUCUUGAAAUGUUGCAGUGAAGUUAUAGUAAAUGGACUCUCAAAAGCUAUUUUUUGGGUAUUUAUCUCAUUAACGAAAUAUAUUGCGGAUAUUAUUAAAUCAUUAUAUAUUUUUAUGUAUACGUUACAUUUCCUAAGAGUAUCUUCGUUUACUAUUAAACGUUUUGACCGAUGUGAACUUGCUGUAAGUCUAUGUGCAUGAGGAUCUUAUUUAAAUAGAUAAAUGCGCAAAUUUUAAAUUCAGAGCGGUCAAGAUGUUUGUAAAAAACAAAAAAAAACUAUACUAUAUUAUUAUAAUAUAGAAUUAAAAAAAAAGAAAUAAGUCCAAAACCAAUGAUUUUUGUUUGGAAUUUUGAAAACACCCACCUUAUAUAAUAUAAUCAUUAAUUUUCGUUACAUUAAAGUAAGUAUGUGGUGCUAGAUUGUGACAAUUAAAGAAAGUUAAUUUAGGAAUCAUGCAUAUCGAUAAACUCCAUUAAAAAUUAAUGUGUCUUAUUUUGUUUGUACGCAAUUUAUUGCGUGAUUUUUAUUGGCUGCAUUUAUGACAUCAUCGCUCACAUUGCGAAUAUUAGCCAAUAGCAAAUAGGUGUUACCUAUCAGAUAAGAUUUAGUUCUUUUACAAUCGUCCUUUCCUUAUAUGACAGGUCUUGUUAUUAAUUUUAUCCUUUUCACACGUGUUGUUAAGGAUGACUACUUUUGAACUGUCAAAUUAGUUUAGUUUAGAGUUUGCGGCAAACGAAAUACUACCACUAUAGAGUUUAUAAUCUAUGCUUAUUAAUGAAACUAUAGUCGUAAAAAAAUAAUAGGCCCGUUUUGACAUUUGUCAUCGCGACGUAACUA